AUGGCAGGGGAGGCUGACUUAGGGACUGUGGAGAUGGAUGCUUUCCUCGCCUUCCACCAGGACGUGCAUUUUGUCAGGAAGUUCCUGAAGCCCCUGCUGAUUGGGGAGCUGGACCCCGGGGAGCCCAGCCAAGACCGUGGCAAGAGCCCCCAGAUUACUGAGGACUUCAGAGCCCUGAGGAAGACUGCAGAAGACAUGAAGCUCUUUGAGACCAACCACAUGUUCUUCCUCUUGCUUUUGGCCCACAUCAUCGUCAUGGAGAGCGUUGCCUGGUUCACUGUUUUCUACUUUGGCACUGGCUGGAUCUCCACCAUCUUGACAGCUUUCAUCCUAGCAACUUCCCAGGCCCAGGCUGGAUGGCUCCAACAUGACUACGGCCACCUCUCCGUCUACAAGAAAUCCAUGUGGAAUCACGUUGUCCACAAAUUUAUUAUAGGCCACCUCAAGGGAGCCUCGGCCAACUGGUGGAAUCAUCGACAUUUCCAGCAUCACGCCAAACCCAACAUCUUCCAGAAGGACCCCGACGUCAACAUGCUCCAUGUUUUUGUCCUGGGCGAGUGGCAGCCAGUGGAGGUAAGAGGAAGAAGAGGAAGGAGUUGUAGAGACUUGGCCUGGGCCAUCAGUUACUACACGCGCUUCUUCAUCACGUACAUCCCUUUCUACGGGGUCCUGGGAGCUCUCUGUUUCCUCAACUUUAUCAGGUUCCUGGAGAGUCACUGGUUUGUGUGGGUCACGCAGAUGAACCAUAUCCCCAUGGACAUCGACCGGGAGAAGUACCAGGACUGGCUCAGCGGCCAGCUGUCGGCCACCUGCAACGUGGAGCAGUCCUUCUUCAACGACUGGUUCAGCGGCCACCUCAACUUCCAGAUCGAGCACCACCUCUUCCCCACCAUGCCGCGGCACAAUUACCACAAGGUCGCCCCGCUGGUCAAGUCUCUGUGUGCCAAGCACGGCAUCCUGUACCAAGAGAAGCCGCUCCUGAGAGCCCUUCUGGACAUCGUGGGGUCCUUGAAGAAGUCGGGAGAUCUCUGGUUGGACGCUUACCUCCACAAAUGAAGCCACCCCUUAGGGCACCGUGGGGAGGGGAGGUGGGGGGCUGAGCAGCCCCGUAGGGUUAGAGGACCUCGAGCUCCUCCAGAGGCUGCAGGGCCAUUUCAGGAAAGCCCCCUCGGACAUCUCCUUUCUCUCCGUCUGUCUCCCUUCUUUCCUUUCCUCUCCUUCCCUCCUCCCAUCUCUGUCUCUAAC